AUGCACAAGAUAACAAGUGUAGGUAUCAACAUCCACAAGAACAAAGGGAAAACGUCUCACCAGCAGGAAGAGGUCAAGAUGGAAAGCCGAAAGAGUCCUGUCAAAAACCCGCAGAAACUUUCUUGGCUUUCUUCUCCGGUACGAGCUGUGGUUCGUCUUCGGAGGACAGCCCACGCCUUUAAAAAAGGCUAUUUGCCCGGGGACAAACUUCUCCAGAGACAGAUCUCCUUGGGGAAAGGCAAAUUAACAAGCCUCUCCAACCAAGCCUCUUUGAACAGUUCCCAGUAUUUCACGUUUGAUCCCGCUGACCCGCUCCUGGUGACCAAACCAAAACGGCGUAAGAAGAAAUCGAGGAACCCCCGGGUGCUGUAUCCCGAAAGCUCCAAGAAAUACCUGCCCGCCGAACACGGGAGCAAAGCCAAGAGGUUCCUCCUCUUGUUUGUGGCCAUCAUUUGCUUCCAGAUCCUCAACGCCAUUGAGAACCUGGAUGAUAACCUCCUGAAGUACGACCUGGAUGGCUUGGAGAAGACCAUGGCUCGGGAGGUUUUCGGGCAGCCCUUGGUCAUUGAAAGGGUCAUGGGGUUGCUGAAGGAUUACCUGGCCACCCACGUCCAUAACAAACCUUUGGUUGUCUCUUUCAACGGUCCGAGCGGUGUUGGGAAGAGCCACCUUGGUUGGCUUCUGGCAAAGCACUUCCGCUCGGUGGUGGGAGCCCAUUCAGUGCUCCAUUAUUUCACGGCGCACCACUGCCCCGUCAAAACCUCCAUCCACACCUGCCAGUCGGAGUUAUCGGACACCAUCAGAGACAUGGCGGCUCAAGCCGAAGUGGAAGAGUUCAUCCCCAUGUUUAUUCUGGAUGAGGUGGAAUUCAUGCCCCAAACUCUGUUGGAGACCUUGGGCAGGUUCUUUCAGAAGAACCAAACCAACGAAUACCUCAAUGCCGUCUACAUUCUCAUCAGCAACCUGGGAGGAGAGGAAAUCACCCACCAUUUCCUCCAGAACGUGUCCAACGACUCGUCGCGGCCUCAGAAGGACCUGGAAGAGCUUCAGUCCGCUCUUCGGCCCAUCCUGAGCCACGUCCACCCUUUCUGGGCAGGGGUGGAGAUUGUCCCCUUCGGGUUGUUGGAGAAAGACCACAUCUUGAACUGCUUCUACGAGGAGAUGAUGAGCGAAGGGAUUUACCCAAACGCCAGCCACAUCCAACGCUUGGCUGGCCAGCUCAGCUAUUACAAAAAGGCAGGGAAGGAAUUUGGAAGAACUGGCUGCAAACCGGUAGUAGCCAAAGUCAAUCUCCUCUAAGGACGGGGGCAGGCAGUCCUUGACUUACGACUUAGUGGCCAUUUGAGGUUAGAACGGCGCUGAAAAAAGCGACUUGUGACCCUCUGGGUCACAUGACUGUGGUGGUGUCUCUGCGGUCACGUGAUCAAAAUUCAGAUUCAUAUUUUGUGAUGGGCGCGGCGUCCCCGGGGUUGCGUCAUCCCCUUUGUCAACCUUCUGACAAGACAACUGUUUUCUUAAAGAGUUUGAUAUCUAGUUGGGGAUAAUUGGACAUUGGGACCAAGUUGGAGGCAUUAAAGGGACCUUUUCUACUUUUGUGUCAACGCCCCGGGUCCCCACAGGUAUCAAGGAACACCCCACGUGAGGUUUUUGUGCUGUGCUCACCACCCUCUGUAGUGUCUUUCUAUCCGCGGCUGUCAAGCCAGCAUAGCGCACCGUCAUGCAAUAUGUGAGGACGCUUUCUGCUGUGGAUGUGGGCGUGGUUAAAUCGGGAUGGGUGGGGCUUCGAGAGUGAGGGAAAUAAAUCCUCAAUCAAACCCUGUCGUUUGUACAAGCCACAUUGCCGAGAGCCACAAUAAACAGAAUGUGAUACACGUCAGAGGUUGUCUAUUCUUUCUGGAAUAGACGCCUCUCCAGGUGUGACCAGUGAACAUGGUGGCCAUCCUCCCUGGCACAUUCUCCUGCCCUUUCUUUGGCCUUUGGGGGUUUGUUUACCAACUGGGAGACUCCAGUUUGGUAUUCCAGCAGAGAAGAGCAACCAGGGUGAUCAGGGGACUGGAGGCUAA